AUGUCUAUCGGUCUCAGGUUUACUUGGUUCAAGCUUUCUGAAUUGGUACUAGGUGUGAGGGUAUCAAGCACACUGGCUAUUAUAUUGCACACCAGCGUACUACAAACACUAACAGUAACUGAUUGUCGGUCUCAGGUCUACUUGGCCAAGGACUUGGAAACCGGCGAGAUGGUGGCCGUAAAGCAAAUCAAAACCAGAUACCUCACAGACGAGGACAUCGAAGGUCUUGACAGUGAAAUCAGUGUAAUGAAGACCCUGGAUCAUCCGCACAUUGUGAAACUUCUUGACUUCUUCGCUACUAAAUCACACUGCUACGUGGUGCAGGAAGUAGCCAUG